UUCCUCUCUUUCAAACAUUCUUCCCUGCUUCUCUCAAUCCCCGAAAUGUGUCUGGUCUACGAGCUUUUUCUCUCUCAGAUCUGCGAUUCUCUCUUACAGAUUUUUUGAUUUUGCGAACACUAGAUUCCUCGUGGAGAGUUUUUGUAAUUAAUCGCGAGUUUUUUUUUUCUCCCUAAAUAUUCUCUGUCAAUAUUCCUAAGCUUUUAUGUUGUGUUGAAUCGCAGGAAACCCUAGAUUCUGUUUGCGGUAUUGUUCUUGUUGUACAGAUCUUCCGUAGGUAGGGUGUUUUGACUUGUCUGUUUGUUAGCGUUUAGAGUUCGAAGAAGGUCGUGAUGAAUACUAGAGGAAGGUAUCCCCCGGGGAUUGGUGCUGGUCGUGGAGCUGUCAACCCGAACAACCCUGGCUUCCUUUCGAGGCCGGUUUAUCAGCAGCAACAGCCGCAGCCGCCGCCGCCGCAUUACGUUCAGCGUGGCAAUUACUCACAGAACCAUCAACAGUUUCACCAGGCGCCGCAACAGCAGCAACAGCAACAGCAACAGCAGUGGCUUAGAAGAGCCCAGUUCGCCGGAAGCAACAACAACAGCGGCAGCUCCGGCAACAACAACGGUGUCGCAGUUGAUGAGGUCGAGAAGACGGUUCAAUCCGAAGCUAUUGACUUAAAUUCACAAGACUGGAAGGCGAGGCUAAAACUACCCCCACCUGACACUCGCUACAGAACAGAGGAUGUGACAGCCACAAAAGGAAAUGAGUUUGAAGAUUAUUUUUUGAAGCGAGAACUUCUCAUGGGUAUUUAUGAGAAGGGUUUUGAAAGACCUUCUCCCAUUCAGGAAGAGAGUAUUCCAAUUGCCUUAACCGGUAGUGAUAUUCUUGCCAGAGCCAAAAAUGGGACUGGAAAGACAGCUGCAUUUUGUAUUCCAGCCUUGGAAAAAAUUGACCAAGAUAACAAUGUCAUUCAAGUUGUGAUACUUGUUCCAACACGAGAGUUGGCUCUUCAGACAUCGCAAGUCUGUAAGGAGCUGGGUAAGCAUUUGAAGAUACAAGUCAUGGUGACCACUGGUGGCACCAGUCUGAAAGAUGAUAUUAUGCGUCUGUAUCAACCUGUCCAUUUUUUGGUGGGAACUCCUGGGAGGAUUCUAGAUCUUGCCAAAAAGGGUGUUUGUGUAUUAAAAAAUUGUUCAAUGCUUGUUAUGGAUGAGGCUGACAAGUUAUUGUCUCAAGAGUUCCAACCUUCGGUGGAACAGUUGAUUAGGUUUCUUCCAGAAAAUCGUCAGAUAUUGAUGUAUUCAGCCACAUUUCCAGUCAAUGUUAAGGACUUUAAGGACAGAUAUCUAAGGAAGCCUUACAUCAUUAAUCUCAUGGAUGAACUCACACUGAAGGGUAUUACACAAUUCUAUGCUUUUGUUGAAGAACGCCAGAAAGUUCACUGCUUGAAUACCCUUUUUUCCAAGCUGCAAAUAAAUCAAUCGAUCAUUUUCUGCAACUCAGUGAACCGUGUGGAGCUCUUAGCUAAGAAAAUCACAGAACUUGGUUAUUCUUGCUUUUACAUUCAUGCGAAGAUGCUCCAAGACCACCGUAACAGAGUCUUUCAUGACUUCCGCAAUGGUGCAUGCCGAAAUCUUGUGUGUACUGAUCUAUUUACACGUGGGAUUGACAUUCAAGCAGUCAAUGUUGUAAUUAACUUUGAUUUCCCGAAGAACUCGGAAACUUAUCUCCACAGGGUUGGUCGAUCAGGAAGAUUUGGACAUCUUGGUUUGGCUGUGAAUCUGAUCACCUAUGAGGACCGCUUUAACUUAUAUAGGAUUGAGCAAGAACUUGGAACUGAAAUCAAGCAAAUUCCUCCGCAUAUUGAUCAGGCAAUUUAUUGCCAAUAACGUGAAAAGGACCUCCAUUUCUUCUGCCAUUAGGAGUAUCAAUGGUCGGAUGACGCACUUGGUACUGGGUACACUGUUUCUCAUCUAGCGAUGCAGAACAGGGCACUCAAUAAGUUGUUUUCGUUGUGGGAAGACUCUGGAACUUAGUACUGUCUGCAUCUACCUCUGGAAUGCUUUUAUGGGUCUCUAGAAUUUCUUGGUUCCUAAUAUUAACAAUAUUUUAGACAAGUUUUAGAAGGUUCUGAAUAUCUGGUAAUGCUGGACCCAGCAUUUUUCUGUUGGUUUGUUUGCUUUUGUCAUAGACUGAUUCGUGGUUUGAGUGUUGCAAUGUGUCUUGUGGGAAAAGCUGUGGAAACGUUUCCAUGGGUCAGUUUCAUGUCCUGUUUUCAACUUUCAAUAAUAAGUCUUUUGAGACCUGUA